AUGGAAAGGCAGGAUAGUAUUGUAACGCGUCUGACACAGGUAGAAAGCCAGCUGAGAUCGAACGAUGAUGUAACCAGCCAGAUUAACCUAUUAAAUGAUAAAAUUGAUGCAAUGGAGCAACAGCCGCGGCUUUAUAACGUCGAGAUUGCUAACUUACCAGAACGACGUGAUGAAAACCUUCUAUCUAUUAUUGAAAAGAUUGGUUGUGUCAUCAAACACCCUGUCAGCAAAUCGGACAUUGUAUCAGCCCAUAGAGUGCCACAUUUCGAUAAAAAGUGUUCGCGUUCAAAAAAUGUUAUUAUAAAAUUUACAACGAAAAUAAUCCGCGACAACUUCAUCACGGCAGCAGGGGCAAAUAAAGGUUUAAAAUCAGACCAGCUGGCGGUACCUGGUACUAUACAUAAUGUGUACGUAAGCGAACAUCUUACAGCUAAAAACAAGCAAUUAUUUCGAUUGUGCCGUCAACAAGCCACUAAGCACAAUUAUAAAUUCACAUGGAUUAAGCACGGUACUGUUUUGGUGCGUCAAACUGAGACAUCUCCUAUUUUUGCUCUACGAAGCGAGCAAGAUCUCAAGAAAAUUAAAUCCUAA